CUAGCUGGUAGUGCCUCAAUCAAUCCUGACUCUAAAAUUCAUCGCGUGCCAAGCUUUCACAUGUGAAAGCGGAAGCCUAAUCUCGCCCCGCUUCCGUGCAUUUAGAAGUUCGCUGCUGCCGCCUCGACUUUACAAAAAGUAUCCACAUUCAGGAUUGAGACGCUUCAUUACCGCCAUGGCUUACAAGCCCGACAAUGUGCAACUGCUCGAGUCGCUCCCAAAGCAUCACGAUGGCAAAUUCGGCUACGUAGUCUACCGCGUGGUCUACGGCGACGAUGCGCGCUGGAAAGAAUUCCUGGAUUGCCUUGACGCGUACGCUCAAACCAAAUUCAAAGACAGCGAUGUCGACCAUGAGCUCAAGAAGAAUCUUAUCUGGGACGUUCGCGAAGAUGAAGUGCAGCUCAACGGCGCUUCCAAAUCCACAGUGCGGCGGUGAGUGGCGAGGCUCGACAAACUGGUUGGCAAAAGGGCUGACAGUAGAGUUAGCAUGUUCUCGGAAUGGGUGCAAUCGGUCAACGGCGACUACGAUCUGACACGCUAUGCCGCUUGCCUCUACAUUGACGAAGAGGUCAUGACAUCCGUCAUCGAGGACGAAGAUCCCAAUGACAGCGAUCCCGAUCUGAUCUUGCGCCCGAAAGCUUUCGUCAAGCUCAUCCACGAGUUUUUCGAUGAGACGCCACGUCAGUGGGACAAGAAAACCAUUCCAGACGACGAAUCGCGGGAGAGGAUCAAUGCUGGCGAUGAGGGAUAUCCUCCUAUCGAAGGUGACAAGCGGUUCGACGUAGGAUGGAUGAAGAGCUCUGUUCGGCGCUUGCUGCCAGCCACAUAUCUCUACAUGGGCGGCGGUUCCUGGGAGCAAGUUUACGUGCGUCCGCCGAGGAUGUCAAAUGGUGGGGGCUGAUCUAUGAGAUGAGAAUUUGAUUGAG